UCUUUGGUAGGAGGAUGUGGCAGAAAAUAAAGAAGGAUAUACUUGGCACCUGAUCAGAGCAGCUGUUACACUGAAGACUGCUAGGCUCCCUGCAUAUACACAGCAUGGCUCAGCUUGGUAUCACCUGGGACUACCAACUUAUCCCGACUGUCACCCGGGCUUACACCGUUGCCUGCCUGAUCACCACUGCUGCUGUGGAAGCUGACAUCAUUAGUCCUUUCCAGCUUUACUUCAAUACCGAUUUAAUCUUCAGAAAACUACAGAUAUGGCGACUAAUAACCAACUUUCUGUACUUUGGAGACUUGGGUUUAACUUUCUUCUUUAAUAUGAUUUUUAUGUACAGAUAUUGCAAAAUGCUAGAAGAGACCUCAUUUAGGGGUCGUACUGCAGAUUUUGUAUUCAUGUUUCUUUUUGGAGGAUUCCUCAUUACUCUUUUUGGUAUUUUUUCCAGCCUCCCUUUCCUUAGCCAGGCCCUCACCCUUAUGUUGGUGUAUGUAUGGUGCCGCAGAAAUCCUUUCAUAAAAAUGAAUGCCUUUGGUCUUGUCACACUUCAGGCUUCCUGUCUGCCCUGGGUUCUUCUGUGUUUCUCUCUGCUAACAGGAGAAUCUGUCCUUGUUGACGUGCUGGGCAUUGCAGUUGGACAUAUUUACUUUUUUCUAGAAGAUGUUUUUCCAAACCAGCCUGGAGGAAAAAAGCUUUUAGUUACUCCUGCUUUUUUAAAGCAAAUAUUUGAUGUGCCAUUAGCAGAUCCCAAUUAUAAUCCACUACCAGAGGAUUAUGUAAACAGACCGCACCAAGAUUAGCCGCUUCCAGAGGCCCAGGACAGCGUUAUCUUCUUACUAAGCUCAGGUUUUCAGUAUUGAAACAUUACGUAAUGUAACUUGAAAUAAUAAAAGCUCUUGUUAAAAACA